AUGCAGCCAUGCACUUUGCUCAAUGAUGAAUCAUCCCAAAUUUCUCAACAUGAUGACGUUGAUUCUGAAGCUAGAUCGAGCCAACAUCAGGAUACUCCUGCAACUACUGGGACUCCAGUCAAACCUGCGAACUCAGACGCUGCACUGAAACCACCCUUCGAUUCCAUUCUCCUGGUACGAGAGCAACGCAAUCAUGUCCCCCCAGUUGCAGAGCAGCCAGCUCCAGAGCAGGACCAGACCCAUCCCACUGAACCAACUCGCACCCCACCUACCACCACCGCCCUCAUCCGUACCGACGAAAUCAUCCUAACCCUCUACGACCUCCCCGGCAUCGAACCUGCCGACCCCGACAACCCUCCACCCGGCAAAUUCAUCGUCUCCUACACCAAGGUGCUCGACCCGCCCGAGGUCCACGGCGACAAACUCAUCGUCAGCAGGACAUUCCACGUCAGCGCGCACGACGAUUCGGAAGAUGCCGGCCGCGCCGUGAGACGGGUGGCGAAGGAACUCACACCGGAGGGAGGCGCGGGUUGUGAACGGGAAGGGAGUCGUCGCGGUGGUGAAGAGCUUGCACUGUCAUCAGGUCAAGGUGGCACCGAUUACGGAGGGGCCGUGGAAGGGGUGUGCCCGUCUUGUGGAGUAGGGGGGAGGUGUUGGGCUGGGUCGGAGGGGCAGUGA